UAUGUUGACUUUGACUUUGAUUUUCUUUUAUGCAUUAAGUAGGCACACGAUGGCAAAGCCCUAAGUGCACAUUAAGUAUUGUCCUUGAAGUACUCUGUGCAUAAUGUUACAUAUAUUUAUUAAACCCUAAAGCUUGCAUAUGUUUUGAAACCCUCUAUAAUAGAUGACCUGCCUCUUAUAAAUCACAGCUAUUUGUUUGUCUUCAAUUUCACACAAUUUAUAUCCUCUUCUAUCUUUCCCAAAAGAAUGGACGGAAGGUUAUAUGCAGCUGUUACGUCCAGUGGCGAUGUGGAGGCACUGAGGAAAUUAAUUGACGGCGGACAUGAAAUUCACCCCCAAAAGGAGAGAGGGACUGUGCCCCUUCGAACGGCUCCCUAUAAUGGCCCUCUUGAUGUUCUCCACCAGCUUACGCCUGGAAAGAAUACGCCGCUUCAUUUGGCUGCCCGUAAAGGUCACCUGCAAAUUGUCAAGAGGUUGCUUGAACUUAUGAAUGAUGACAUUGAGUCAGGAAACCAAGAAAGCAACCAAUUUCUUGUAGCCCAGAAUUUACAAGGUGACACUGCUCUGCACGAAGCAGCCAAAGGAGGACAUUUCCAAGUAGUUAACGUUCUAUUGGAGAAAAGCAUCGAUUUGGCUAAUAUUGUCAAUAAAGUCGGCGAAACUGCUCUAUUCAAAGCAGCCGAGGAAGGUCAUGAUGAAAUUGUUGUGAAACUAGUGCAUCUCACAUCUUCUGACUAUGAUAGGAGGACAUCUGAUGGCCGAACACCUGUCCACGCUGCCGUCUCCAACAUGCACACAGGCGUGAUUCACAAUCUGUUAGAACAAAGACCAGAGCUCCUUAUGCAAGCUGAUAGUUUUGGCAUGACACCACUGCAUAGCGCUGCCUAUGUUGAAAAAGGAUCAGAGAUUGCAAAAUUACUUUUGGAGAAAAAUAAUUCUGUGUUAUGUAGUAGAUAUGAAUGAGCAGUCAGCCCUUCACAUAGCAGUUAUAGAGGGGAAUGUUGAAUUAGUGAAAGAAAUAUUAACUCACGGCCAAGACUGCUUAGAAAUUGUUGAUAAGGAGGGAAGAAACGCUCUCCACUUGGCGGCUGAGAAUGCAGUUACUAUAUUUGAAAAGAAUUCGAGGCGUAUGAAAGACUUCAUGCUAUCAAUAAUGUCAGAAGAUAUCAUCAACAAUCUUGAUAUUCAUGGCAAAACCUCCUUAGACAUAGUGUUGGAGAAAAUGGGCAACGACGAACACCUUUUCUCUGCAAUGAAAGGGCUGCUAGAAAAACAUGGCGCUCGCAGUACUCCAAAGAUGGCGAACAAUGAAACAUUAGAGAGGUCACUUUCCAGUAAUGACUCACAGAAGGCCCAAAUGAUAUCAGUGAGUGCUGUUUUGAUCGCCACCGUUGCUUUCGACGCAUCGCUGGAUCUGCCAGGUAAAGACAAGCAGACACUAGCAUUCGUAGCAUUUGUGCUAUUUGACGCGUUGGCGUUCUGCAGUGCAAUCGCAACAACAAUAAUACUCAUUUAUGCAGUUUAUGACAAACAUCAAGACUCCCUCCUUUUGAGGAGCUCUAUAAAAGGAUUGUGGAUAGCAUUGGUAUCACUCGCCUUAGCAUUUGGUGUGACCUUUCUCAUUUCCGUUGAAUCAAACCAUAGUUUUGUCCGCGGAAUUGUGUGGUUGAUGGCUCUAUCUGUUCCCUUAAUCGUAAGAGAUCUGAUUUAUCGUUCCAAACAACACAUCUUCAAGGAUGAUGUGACCUAUCAAACCUUGGGCUACCUUAUAGGAGGAGUCGUUGUUAUUGCUUUUUUCACUCUGUUUGAUAAUUGGCUGCUACUAAAUAUCUACCUUACGUUAGUGUUUGUGUGGACCUUGGUGGCAACAAUUAAAUCGCCUAGGAAAUCUAGCACUGUAAAGACCAUAGAUGAUAGCAUUUUGGAUAGAGUUUGGAAUUCUGUUUGGGGUAGAAUUGCGGGUCUCCUUAUAUACUUGGCAAUAGUUGUAAGCAAUUGGGUAGGGUACUUUAAUUUAUAUUAGAUAUGUAGUUGAAUCACCAUGCAUAUUAUUUUGAUGUACUAGUGUGUUU